AUGGCCGUCGUGCCCAGUCCUUACAUCCUAUUCCUUCUUUUAAUUCAGUCCACCUUCCUCCACGCCCUCGGCCCCCAAGCCUCGAGCGAUUACGAUACGGCUAUCCCUAGCUGCGCUAGAGCAUGCGUGAACUCCUUUGUGAAUGUGCAUUACGGUAGCACCCUGUGUGCCAGUCGCUCGCUACAAUGUCUCUGUUCUGCCCGCGGCGCAACGCCUUAUACGCUGGGCGAGGGCGCUCUGCAAUGCCUGGCAGCAGAAAAGAGAGUCGGCGGUUGUUCAGAAUCUGUGGCAAGCGAUACCGCGAUGGACACUGUUUACCACAUCUGUGAUGGCCAGAAGAAUGCCAUUACUCCCACACACUCCGUUAUUACUGCCUCCCUAAUUCUUCCAACUGUCAGCGGAGACUAUGUUCAGUUCCCUCCGGUUACGACAACUACUACAUCAGAAUCGACUUCGACCACUUCUCGUCAGACCCUGCCAACAACCUUGAUCACUGAGACGAAACCGUCUCCCACCAGUUGGUCAUCUUCUGGACGCAGCUCUGGGAAGACUUCGUCGACAUCUUCCGAGUCAAGCUCAAACUCGAGUGCAGUCUCAGGCUCAUCCACAGUCACAUCUUCUGAGACCUCAACGACCCAGAUUUCUUCGACUGCCUCGUCGACUGAAACGAACUCUGGCUCCACGACAUCAUCUAAUGGUGCUGCAGUGCCACCAACUGGGACGGGCACUUCUGACGAUGCAGGAGCUGGCGGCGGUUCUCCUUCUCUCACCAAAGGGCAAAUCGCCGGUAUUUCUGUUGGCGCUGCUGUUGCCGCAAGCUUUGCUAUUGGCGCCGUGGUGUUGAUCAGAUGUUACAGGCGGCGAAACCGCGCAGAAACACCUCCUCCUGAGCACUUCCACAAUGACCAGGACCACCACAGGAGAAUGAGCACGUUUGCCUACUUGAGCGGUGGGAAUGGCAGUUACGAUGUCGACGACCGCCGCUGGGAUCCCAAUCCACCCCGCCCAUCGCCCGGCAUGAGCCAGAUUCCUCACCCUCCCCCUUUCCGUCACCACCAUGAUGCCAGACCUAAUUUCUUAUCAGCAGGGAGGGCAACAAGGACACCACCACCUCCUCCGGGUCAAGAAAUUCGAAAAGUAGAAAGCUCUGAGUCUGCAUUUUCCUCCCCGAGGUCAAGGCGAAUGUCGAAACUGCUCCCUGCGAAACCUUCGAUGGCCCCUUUUCUGGGCCCUUCUUAUGCCUCGCCCAGCCAGCUCGAAGCGGGCCAGGCAUAUCAACCUACCUCUAAUCUUGCUCCCGCUGUGAGUCAACCACAACAGCCGCAUCCUGCGGACAGUGGCUUGGUGUCUCCCCUGGAGCCCCAAAAUAAGUCCCAGUUUCCCAUCCCACUGAGAAUCCAGAUUCCAAGUGAGCAGGAAGCGGAGCAGACCGCACCUGAUGCGCGGGAUAGCAACAUAACUCAGUUUGAGGAAGAUGCGAACCCGGCGCAGGAUGUUUUGCAGUUCUGGAAACAUCCUUCGGGCGGUGCCAGAUCAGAUGCACCGGUCUAUGUACGGGACAAGAGCGGGAACUGGGUUCUUGCUGAAUCCGAACUGGGCGCUGCCCUUAGUCCUCGCGAGCCUAAAUCUGCGCGCUCCUUGUCAUCCAGCACCAGCAGGCCAUUGUCAACGAGCAGCAGACUUGGUCUUGCUAUCUCAACAGGGACCAGGUCGCACCAGCAGCCGCCGGUUCCAACGGUUACCAAGUCCACUCAGUCCCAGAACGUCACCAAGAUCCCCCCUCCAAAGGAUCGAAACUAUUCCAACCCGCACCAGAUCCCCGAGCCUCUCUUCUCGCGCCCCGGGCCGUCCGCCGUAAACCCGGCCUUCCGUAUCCGCACCGAUCAAGGAUCGUACUCCUACCGGGGCUCCUUCAAUGCUUUCGAGACGUCCUCUGGCAGCGGCGCCAGCUCCUCGGGCGAGUCCAAGCCGCCAACGCCCCCCGAGAAGUCAUCGGGGCUCUCUCCCGUCUUCGAGUCCCCGUUCUCCAUGAACCCGGGCCAGCCCGUCCAAACUCGAGAGCGCCCAUCGAGGCUCGCCUCCAAUGCCUCCACGGGCAUAGCUCCCCAACCGAGACGCCCCUCCCUAAACGAUCCCCCUGGCCAACCCAGCCCAACACUAGGUGACAUCUACCACAACCAGCACCCGCAGCCCGUCAUCCAGCAUCCAGCCCAGCAUCAGCGUCCCGCCCAGGUCUCCCACUACACCAACCAACCCCACGGCGUCAAGAGACCGUGGCAGAACCCCGCCAUGCUCCGGACCGGCUCCCCCCAGCAGCAGACAAUGAGGGUCGUCGAGCCCUCCCCCGAGCCCGAGAGCGAAUGGCCUUCCGUCCGCACCAGCCGCUCCCUGACCAACUCAAAGAGCCAACACUCCCUCUCUAACGCGUCCGGAUCCUCCCAGCCGCCGCGCUACCUCCCCUCCAACCCAAAGGACAAGGUCCCCUCCGCGCCCUACCACCAACCCUUCUUCAGCCAGCAACUCUCCACCUCCCGCUCAUACCGCCAACCUCCCCCAGCGGCAGCGGCAGCGGCGGCAGCAGAAGCAUUAUACCCGGGCCACUACCCCCCUUCCUGCCAGCACUACUCCUCCCAGCAGCAGCCGCCCUACCCGGCCCGCAACCUCCCCCAGCUCAACACCCAGAUCCCCUCAGCCCACUACGGGCCCCCGAGCGCAGGUCAGGCCCAGACACAGGCCCAGGCCCAGGUCCAGGACAACCUGCCCCCUUCCCCGGGCGGCUCGUCCCUCCUCGCCAAGCGCCUCGGCACCAACCGCGCCGCCCAGAUGAGCCUGGGGACGGCCGCCCACCGAUCCUCAGUUCAGCAGAGGUGGCACCGCAACGAGCCCAACCCUCCUCCUCAGCAGCAGUCUGCGCCGAGGGAGUCGUCAACCCCCUCUUUGUCAUCCUGGCUUCCGAGAGUGACCCCAACUCGGCGAGGACGCGAUUCGUAUCACCAAAUUCAAUAA